AUGGAAACCCUCAAGGAAGCCCUCUACAACCUCCCGAAGCCACCGGCGCGCACCCGCACCAAGCCCAUGCAGGUGAUCUGCGUGGGCCUCCCGCGGUCCGCCACAGAGAGCCUGGCCGUGGCGCUGCGGAAGCUUGGUCUAACGCCGUACCACGGGUGGGACAUCUCCUUCGAAGAGAACGCGGGGUACAUCGAGGGAUGGGCGAAGCUGGCACGGGCGAAAUGGAACGGGAAGGAGGACGGCGAGUUCCACGUGUCGCGAGGGGAGUUUGACGCGCUGCUGGGGCACUGCGAUGCGGUGGUGGAUACGGCGGCGUCGUUCUUCGCGGCCGAGCUGGUGGAGGCGUAUCCCGAGGCGUUGGUGAUUUUGAACACGAGGAAGGAUAUGGAUGCGUGGCACCGCAGUGCGAUCAAGACUCUGCUGGAGGAGAUUGCGGACCGCUGGUUCCUGUGGAUGAUGCGGGUGUUUUGUGCGGAUCUGUUCUGGCUGUGGGAGCUGUAUGUCACGCAUGGCUAUCCGGGGUUGUUUCGUGGGAAGUCGGUGCGCACGGCGAUCGCUAAGAACGGGAAAUGGGUGUAUCGUGAGUAUUGUGCCAUGAUCCGGGGGUUGGUGGCUCCUCAGCGAUUGUUGGAAUGGAGUGUUGAGGAUGGAUGGGAGCCAUUGUGCGAGUUUCUACAGAAAGAUGUGCCUACGGAAGCAUUCCCCAAGACGAAUGAUCCGGCUAAGUUCGCGGGUAAUGUUGAACGAGUGCUCAAGCCGCGGUACAUGAGGGCAUUCCGCAACCUGGUGCUGACGGUCAGCUCGACGGCGGUCUUGACCACAGCGAUUGUGAUGGGAGUGCGCGGGGGAGGACUGAGUCUGAGCUCGAUUCGAGGCUAUGGACUAAACAUUAUUUAG